GAAGGACCUGUGUUUUUGAUGGCGGUCAUUCUCUUGUCAGCACAUUUCAGCACAUUUCACAGCUUCUUAAGCUUCUAUAAAAUGGGCUCUCCUCGACUCAUGUCCGCUCACAGCUCUAGUCGACGGGGAAAAAAGCAUCCAAAUCAAUGGAUUCAAGCCCUCUCACUGAUCUGGUUGGGAUCAUCUCCAAUGGAGUGGCCUCUAUUGAGUCCGCUUACAAGAAAGAGAACGUUUCCUUUCCAGCUCUCAACGAACCAUUCUCACCAGGACCGUUGGACAAUGACGCCGCGCUAGAUAUGACCAUUCGAACUGUGGUCGCUGCGUCUCUACAACUUAUCGCAACAAUCAGACCUCCCAUGGAAUCCUUGCAGGAGGUCGCUAGUGGGAUGUACAUGUCAGCGACGUUAGGAACCGUCAACGAGGCGCACGUCGCCAAUGUACUAGGGAACGCAGGUACACAGGGAAUGGCGGUUCAGGAUAUAUCCAAGGAAGUUGGGAUCGAAAGCGGACCACUUGCAAGAGUACUCCGGUUCCUGGCCACCAGACACGUAUUCAGAGAGGUCGCACCGAAUGUAUUUGCCAACAACCGAAUCUCUUCUUCCCUAGUAAAGGUUUCAUCCGUGGAAGAAAUGCGAAAAAAUCCUGCAUCCCAGUACGAUGGGUCUCCCGUUGCCGCCGUAGUAGGGCAUAUCACCGACGAAGCGUUGAAGAGUAGUCCCUUCAUUCCGACUUACCUCUCAGGCGGACACAAGGACGCAGCCUCGCCUUUCAAUAUGGCUAUGAAUACAAAAGCAUCGAUCUGGGAGUGGUUUGAACAACCAGAAAACGCAAUGAGAGGGCACCGAUUCAACACUGCUAUGAAAGGAGGAGGCGAGCGGUUCCCUCCUUCCACAUACAUCGAAGCAUUUGAUUGGAAGUCUCUUGGGAAUGAUGCCGUUGUUGUCGACGUUGGGGGUGGUGUUGGUCCUGUCACCUUGGCAUUGCACAAGGCGUUCCCUCAGUUACAGUAUAUUGUUCAAGACCUCGGUCCAGUGAUUGGUGAUGCGAAGAAGUUUUGGGAUGCUGAAGCACCCACCGCAAUAACGAGCGGGAAAGUGAAACUACAAGUUCAUAGCUUCUUUGACCCGCAAAAGGAGGAAAAGGCCGCAGUGUACUUCAUGCGACUAGUGCUGCAUGACUGGCCCCAGUCAACAAGCCAGAAAAUCAUGACUACACUACGUAAAGCUGCCGACCCGAAGUCGAAACUGAUUGUCUUCGACAUGGUCGUCCCCCACGCUUGUGCUGAAGUUCCUCCAUUGCCAGGCGCUGUAAUAGGCCCUCCAGCACCGGCACCACUACUCUCAAACUUCGCUGCUGGUCACUUUGUUACCAUGGUAGACAUUCAGAUGUUGAACUUGGUGAAUGGUAUGGAACGUACCUUGGAGGACUUUGUUCACUUGGGAGAUCAUUCCGGAUGGAAGCUUGAGUCUGUCAAGCCUGGGCCGCUGCCUGCAUUCAUUUUCUCUCCCGUCUAG